UCUCUACAAGAGAAUCCAGCUAAUUAUCUUAUAAACGUGCAUCAUUAGGACAUUUCAGUGCCAAUUGGUCUAGACCUCUCUUUUCUAGAAGCCAUACCAACACGGUAUACUUGCCGGAACUGAACUUAGGCUAAAUGGGCCACGAUCACGUCUUCAAGUUAACAUACUAUAUUCCUCUUACUCGACAAGGUAAUACGGAGGCCACACGCGCACCGGACAAGAUCCGUCCACCGGGGGACAUUAGCGCAUCGCUGGUAAAAAUAGAGUAAAGAGAGUAGAGGGACACAUGCUCGGAAUAAAUACCAUCGACGCCCAGCACUUUGGAAAUGUAACUUAAUACCCUUGCCCCACCGAGCUCUUUUUCAUAUUUCAUUCGCCUCAGUCCUUUGAUCUACACCCCAGAAGUAACUACAUCCCAUACGUCUCGAUCUCGAAAUACACCUAUCCAAGAUGUUAGUCCAACCCAUCGCAAUCGCCAUCCUCGCGACCCUCGCCUCCGCCAACCCCAUCACCCCCCGCCAGUCCUCCGGCCCGGGCACAACACUCCAAUCAGGAUGGUACUGGAUCCGCGCCGUCGCCUCGCCCAACUUCCACAAAUACCUCCAAACCAAACCAGCGAACGCAGCCGGAACAGCCAUCCUCGAGAGCUACAAGACAGCAGGCCAGUACAACGUGAAAGAAGGACAAUUAGUCGCGAACACAGGCGACGGCGGUGCACCCCUAUACCUACACGUUGAAAAACCAGCCGACCUGGCUAACCCCCCGCGCACGCUCGGAACUUCGUUCAACACGACGAAGAAUGAUUUCGGCACGUUUGAGUUUCAGGGCGAUGCGUUGACGUGGAGUGUUCCCGAUGUCAAGAGACAGAAUCUGGCUGCUUGGUUGGUGUGUAAGGACCAGGCGUUGUUUAUUAAUACGGGUGCGUAUGGAUACCAGACGCCGAGUGGAUGUGCGGAUCAGACUAUUCACUACUACAAUGAUGCGCACGCGAAUGAGUAGCGGAAGCUGUAUAUUAGUUCGAGACUCAUACUUGUACAUAGCCGCCGGGUUUUACGUUGUGCGAAUCUAAAGAUUGGACACCUCGAAAAGAUUUCGCUUAGU